AUGUCCACUAUCAAUAUUCCGAUUAACUUUUAUCUCUUCCCAUUCGGCUGCAACCAAUGCGCCGACAAUGGUGGACACCAGCUUCACGGCUUCACAUCGAACAUCAGCAACUCGAUCAUCAGCGAGGCACAAAGGGAUGGAUCCAUGCCAGCAGGACCAGAGCCAUUGUUUGAAUUAUGGCCGAUUGGCCCCAUCACUUUCAUGUAUGAAUCAACAAGAUCCGAUGGAACAUGUUGGAAUGCUGCUUGUUCGAGUGACGUCAAACUGAUAUCCGAGUCUUCCGUCAUUGCGGCUUCCCCGUGUAUCGAUGAAUUCGAUGAGAUCGACAUGUUCAUUUCGUCAAUAUCAAGAAUUCCGAGUUGCUCUUUCUCUUCUGUAUUUAACAUAACCACCGAAUCAUCACUUUUCGACACAUCCAACAGGGCUGUUGUUGGAGGGGAAGAUGAUUCGCACGUGCUGUUUGCUUUUCUGGAACUAUAA